AGUUACAGCAGCUCCUGCUACUUCCUUCUAUGCAUUUACGACAACUCCUCUUUCAAUAUUUUUUCUUCUGACCAUCUCUUCUCUAUCCCAAGGACGCGAGGAUGUGCUGUCGGUAGUGAAAGAAGAAGAACCGAUUGAACUAAUUAUCCCUACUGCACUAGGCGUAGUGUACUGAGUCACUUUUUGUACUACUACAAAAGAAGUUAUUUGCCUUGUUUUUUAAGUAGUUGAAUGGGAGGCAGCAUGUAGUCCUAUGGAAAAAAAAACUACGCAGAUCUUUUGCGAGCAAGAAUGAAUGCUACUUACAAAAAGAAUGAAUCUUGUUGUACUACUACUUACAAAAGAAGUUAUUUGACAAGCGUUUUCAAUUGUGAAAAAUGUGAAAAAUGGCAUCUAUGGGUAAGUCGCGUGCUGGGCGGAUAAAGUCGGCCAGGCCUCUCUACUCGAAGGAGUAGACACCUUUACCAUCCCUCAGUGCUGCCGUAGACCGAGGUCUGGGGCGAGAGACGGGGAUACCCUGAACUUGAACUUGAACUUGAUCUAGAAGCAGUACAAGAGUGCAAGCAAGUAGGCACCGAACGGUCUUGCUCCCGUGAUCGCAGAAGGAGAUCGGCGUUGUGCAGUAGGCACCGAACGGUCUUGCUCCCGUGAUCGCAGAAUCCAAAAAAACGAUUUUUUAGGUGAAAGAGUUGCCAAGACGAUCUCAGCAAGAUGGCGGACCCACAGGAAGGGUUUGAUAAGAUGGCGUUGCGCCAAAUAGAACAGGACCUGACGAAGACCAUGGGAGAUUAAGGCCUGCAUAUCAGACCAUGGGGGAUAGCCACGCACCAUUACCAUUUUCCCCCUCAUUGAGCGUGUUUACUUUCUCCCGACCUUGUUGUCAAAAUUUGGCACUAACGCAGUUCUCGAAGUGCUGCAUAACCUAGUUAAUGGUUCAAAAUAAGCAAAGAACUAAUGGAAUAUGUAAUGAAAGUAAGUACUAUCUAAUCACAGUUGGGACACUGGCACGAAGUUGACGGGAAGACAAGUUAUAUCUACGCCCCCAAUUAUGUCUACGACGGUCUAGACAAGAUUUACACUCUCUACACGACGUACGGACUGACCAAGCAGCGUGAAAUACUCCGGAUCAUAUGUACUGAUUAUGCUUAAAGACAGGCAACUUUGAUGCCGAUCCAUGCUCACCUUCACCGAGCAAGGAGAAAUAUUUUGCUGAUCAUGAUAUGCACCUACAGCCAAUUAAGUAUCGUCUUAAGAAGACUUGUCUUCUUCUUUUUGAUACGUACAGUGGUGGUGGUACGCACAACACCUUUACUGAAUCUCAUCUGCUUGCACUCACUCUUCAAUUUCAUGUGUCUAAGUGUACUCUAGCUUCCUGAUUAUCAGAAUCUCAGUCCGAUGAGGCCUUCACACCACUAUCUCCGACUAGGUGACCUGAAGUUCAUACCCGAAGCGUUUAUUCCGUUGCUAGAAACGAGGCAUACUGAGGACCCAGACGCUGCGCGUCGAGUUAUAUCCCUUCUCGUGGUAUUGACUCAACCACUGUUGAAGCGUGGCUUUACCGGAGAUGCAGCGAUGAAGAAUCUCGGCGAGUGGAACAUCGUUAUGGCUUUCUGAGAACAAACAAGCAUCGAGUUCUUGUUAAGCUUCUGCGGACUACAUCAUCGACUCUAAUACUACACGUGCUGUCUUUUUAUUAUAGACUCUAUUAACCUAACUAGUAAAGUCACACUGCUCACCUGCAAUUGAGGACUGCGUUUUGGUUAUUGACUUCGUACAAGCUUAGAUGCUUAGCCGUAAUUACUGUUUGAGCUGUGGUUCUACAACCCUGUAGAAAGCACUCCUGUCCUCUCAGACCUAUCUAAUACUACUGGUUCUACAACCCUGUAAAAAGCACUCCUGUCCUCUCAGACCUACCUAAUACCACUGGUUCUGCAAAGGUUGUAAAAAGCACUCCUGUCCUCUGAGACCUACCUAUAAUGCCACAUAUCAUCUUGAUACAAACUCUACCCACAAUUGCUUUAUACUCUAAUACCGGAGAUGCGGUCGUGAGAGAGCAUUUGGCGCAUUUACAGAUGAUCAAGGAGCAUUGCUCGCGGGAGGCCACUAUGUCAGGAGUUUACGAACUCCUUAUGGCCUCUGUAGACUCUGGGAUCGACUUUAAGAAGGUACUUAUGAGAUACCUCUUCCAGAAAGCCCAAAAUUUCAUGUGAAAAAGCCAGAGAUUCAUGUCAAAACGCCCCCUUAGCCGUACUAUGAUGCAUAAAGGAAGUUAGUUUGUUUUUGAGCGAUUUCGGAAACGAUACUGCUAUUAAUUUGAAUUAUGUUCUAGAAGGAAAAAGAGAAUAAUGAGGAGAGUAAUCCAAGUCAACAACUAAAAUACUUAAUCAAUCAAACAGGCCUCCCCACAAGCAGAAGAAGAGGAAAGGAUUAGAAACCGGACAUUAUCGGAAGCGUUACUUUUGUUCCGGAAUUUACUGUCCAUCCCGGACCCACGACCUGGAGAUGCUGGCUACACCGAUAAUCGGAAAUUUCUUCAGUAUGGCUGGUUUUCUACAAGCAUAGACACGGUAGACAUGAUAGAUGUGGUGACUUUGAUGUGCAUCAUACUUACACCAUGCUGUAGUUAUGCUUGAAGACAAAUGAUAUCCACUCGUCUAAAUAACUCGUGGAGUAUUUAAUUAGUAGUGUAGUGAUAUUAUUGUUCCGCUCGUUAAGGUCCCACCCUACGACCUACCCAAUCUCUUUCUUCCCUGCUACAAUGAUAUAUUAUCGUACCUGUCUCUUCCCUCUUCAACCGCGUGUGAAGUUCGUGAAGAUGUACGCGAAGCUGGAUAUCCUGCACGUAAUCAAUACGUGGGCAUACGAGGAGACCUCAGUGUUAUGGUCAGCUUUGAUUCAUCUCUCACAAUAUCAUGGUGUCCUCUUGUUCCCAUAGAAAACAAGAAUACUUACAUAGAGAUACCAAGAUGGGGGGCCCGGGAUCUAUGAUCCUUUCAAAUGGGAAAGAUACUUUUUAGGUCCGAAAUAUAUAGUGGUCAAGUAGAAACCCCUAAUAGUGGUAAAGCCGUAUGCCGAAUUGACCGAACGGGAUCGGGAGGCGCGCUGGGUUUUAUUUGAUGUGGUUUAUUCCUGCAUCACCAAAUUGAGCUGCCAAGAAGUGGUGGAAACCGACACAAGCAAAGACAUGCUAAAAGCGUUUUUUUAAGACAAUGAUGAACUACUGUUAUUUUUUCCUGCUCGGAACGUUGAGAUAAGUAGGUGAAUGUAUUUCUAUACCAGUCGUGACAGUCUCGCAUUGUACGAGAUUCUAACCAAAUACAAAUUAUAAUUUUUUGUAAACAACGAACAAAGGAACCUCCAUUCGUAUUGCUCUUGUUGUAAUCAUUCAGGGACACACACGAAAUACAUUAUACUCCGGGAUCGCUCUAAUCCAGAGUAAAAGACAGGCAGCAGAAGGUGAUAGCUGCCAGGACGGCGGCGCCCAGACACGGAGAGUUUGGAGUGAGUGCACACACGCGCCAGUUUUUGGGGGAUAAAACCUUGAAGCUGGAAAGGGAAAACGUCAUGAAAGCGCGCAUACCUCUCAAAAAACAAUACCUAUGGCAAGUAUAAUAAUGUAGUGACCCUUCUGGGCAACCCGACGUCUGGGCAGCACGCAUGCACCUAAUCGAUACUAUCUUCUGGGAUAACUUGAUCUCUUUCGUCUUUGCAUCUAUUUUUCCGAUUAGAUCAUACUACACUAUAAAUCAACAGAUGAAUAAUUAUAGCAGUAGUUCCCUUCAACGUUCCGCUCAUCGCCCUUUCAUUAUCCGGUAACAGAAGGACGAACCAGAACAAAGAUAACCUUACCGACGAUGUACUUUUUCAGGACCUAGCACCCGCUACCGGAUCUGCGGCAGAACAUAAUAGUUAAGGCUCGAUUAUAGUUCACAGAAGACAAAGACCUUUUUUUGUUUUCCUUUUGGGCGAUCUAUCACUAUCGAGAAGUAGGAUUAGGAUGAAUCAUAUGAGUGUCCUUUUUGUCUUUGUCAGUCUGCGCAGAGAGCCAUCUACUUCUCUUGUUGUGACAAGCUCAUCUAAAAGAAGUUAAAUCCUUUUGCGCAGCCAGGGACAACCUUAGCCGAAAGUUUAGAUGCGGGUACACUUGCGAUCAUGCGAGCUUGGCUCUACGAGUUAUUGGAUUGUAAGGUACUACGGGACCACUUCUAUUUGGAGUUUUUGAGUCUCCUUGUAGAAGUUCUCUUUGUAGUUCUUCUCAACUUUGAUAUGUGCAGACACUUAAUGCCAUCACGAGAAAGUUAGACCUGAAGUGCAUGGCCAUGACGUGCCAACACGAGUACCUAAUCAAUACUGCAGGUUAGUUUUUCCUCGUAGUAGCCUUAUAAUUUCUUUCCUGAACCAGAACCUAAAAAAUUAUUACUACACAGGAAGGAUCAGCAGUCGAGGAGGAGGAUUAUUUUCCGAUGAGCGUGUUGUGUCAAUUUGUGAUUCAAGAGGUCAAAGCAGAAAACGACCGCGUCGCAGAAGAAAAGAGGAUGAAUUAUGUUGACUUUGUUUCAAUAUUCUUAUUGUAAGUAGUUGUGGUGGAACAUUCCCCAUUUAUAAUCAUCCUUGGUUCCGUCAUCUGGUUUUUGUUUCAAGAAGAAAAUAAGGCAAAGCUUGUGUUCCACAAAGCUUGUCCUUUCACUCAAGACGCGCCUUUAUCAUGAUACUCCCGAUACCACCUAGACAUGUAGGAAGCCUCGUCCUGCUCUAAAUAACUCCUGAGGGCGACAACUAUGACCAGCAGGAUCGAUCGAAUCCGUAUGUGACCUACCACACCAAAGACCGCAUCAUCAAUUUUAUUACUUUCUUCCUCGAGUUUUACCGCUUAUACGCGCGCCAGAUGAAGAAAGAGAGUCCAGGGAAAAAUUUUCAGUUGUUAUGGUCUCUGCUGGUUGGGAAGUUUCAUCUUUUUCUUUUUCGUUGUAUCUCUAUGCUCUAAUUAGAAAGUUUCAGUUUCUCUCUUGUUGGUUGUUGCAUUUCUAUACUCUAAUGUCACGAAGAUUUCUUUCUUGUUGGUUGUAUUCCUCUAUAUUCUAGUGCUUCCAUGAGGCGUAUCCAUAUAUUCGAGUUCCACGACCAGGAGCAAUCGAAAGCUGUCAUUACAGUGAAGUAGACUACGACAGCUGGUCUUAAUACUACUUAGUAAAAUGAUCUCUUCACCAACGCGGAUCUUACUUCGUGGCGAUCAAAGCACGGAUACGACCGUACCUUAAUUUUUAUCGUCAUUGAUUAUAGUGAAGUGGACUACUAGUUGUACUGCAGCUGGUUAAUACUUACCCAAGUCAUCAUCUGUUCUUUGUGACGCCAGCACUCUCCUCUCCUCUCUAAUGAUAGCACCCCAGGUGAUCCAGGGUUUCGUCGAUUUGGAUACGACAAGGUAUUUAGUCGGCCAAGUAAAAGAACAGGGAAAAGACGUGAGCAUCAACCCGGAUCGGUUGAUCCUCGUUUUACUAUGGCCUGGUGUGAGCAGCGAAUGACUGAGAAAAAAACAUAACUACUUUGAGUCCAUCGCCUGAUACAUUUGAGAGCGUAUGCAAGUAUUUAUCAAGCCGAGUUAGUACUGAGAAGUACUCAUAGAAGUCCAUCCAAUAAAUUACAAUUUCCUUACCCAAGUAGGUAUAUCAUUCACCUCCAGGACCUAGGUAUAUCAUUCACCUCCACGUCUACAUAUCCCGCGUACACCGACCAAGCAAACAGGCUCAAAGCCUUCCUCCUGGGCCCUUCCUCCUGGAGGAUCAUCUAAUCCUACGUGCGUGCGUGGAGACAAUGAAGAUGUUGGGCGAUUGCUGUCGGAGCAAGGAUCCAGAAAACAAACAGCUGGCAUACGUCUUAGUAGAAAACCUAGUGGGAAGGAAUAUUGUUACGGCUUUUUUUUUGGCUCUUCAGUAGCCACUGAAGUCUGCUGGUUUAUCUAGUGGACCCACACCUAACCUAACCUAAGUUUUACUCAUGAUGACUCUAGUCGAAGUGUGACAAGUACGUGUCCCAAGUACAAGGAGUAUGUAAUCGAACAACUUCUGCAAUAAGGAGUAUAAUAUUCGAACCGUAACGAGGAGUAAAAUAUUGGGACUGUAACAAGGAGUAUAUAGUCGAACUAUAACAUCGAGUAUAAUGUUCGGACUGUAAAAAUAUCGAUGAUCACAGUCGAAGUGCUGUAAUCAUGUUAUAGCUUAUUUUCAUUUACGUGGUUCUAAUACCAGACAGCGACUCGUGGAGGUGUGUAAGCUGUACAAACCGCAGACUCACGACCCACGAGUGAUAUCCUAUGCUAUCGAGUGUUUGCAUUUCUUAAGGCCACGAAUAAGAGGGGUCUACCAAGAGAGGUGCAUCCUCACCGGCAUUAAAGGAUCUGUAACGCCAUCCUUGGGGGUCCUUUCCCUCAAAGAGGGAACAAGGGUGUCAGCCAGGGAAGACGCGAGCUAAAUAAUACAAUUCUCUAAAUUACUGUCUGCUGCUGAUGGAAGAAGUUGCGCGACCAGGGGAGGGCGAUAGGGAAUUCCCAGUCUUGCGCUUUACGACGCAAAAUAUGCGAGACGUCUCCACGAUAGUGACGAUAAGCACUUACAUAAAUUAUGGAUGACACAACCUACUGCUUUUGAUUGGUGAACAUCUUCUUGGAUGACACAACCUACUGCUUUUGAUUGGUGAACAUCUGCUUGAGCUGCUUCGGUAGAAUUUUCAACAAGACCAAGACUUUAUCUCCCCUCUCGUUUUCGUACGACAUGAACACUUAGUUUUAACACGAGAAACAUCAUCCUUCUCUUCUAAGCCAAAGGCCUCUCAGACUGGGCGAUAAUCCAGAACUUGCUCACUUGCUUGGAGAGCUACCAUCACACGAACGAGAACCAGCUUUAUUCCACAUGCAAAUUGAUUCGGAGGGUACUACUUGUUGUUACCGUGGGUUCCUUAGAUGACUUGCUCUCGACGGAUUUGAUGCUUUCUCUUACAUUAAGACCGAUACUUGAUCUAGAUUCGCAAGACCUACCCUAGUACCUCUACUACUACAACAGAUGAUGUUCUUCAUCUUCAUGUUGUGAAAAAAAAUUCCCUCACCCGCACUAGAUAAUCGAUUCGCACCCGGCCUAUAUUGCGUUAUUUUGGAAUCUGCGGUUUUUUGCGAGGAUGGACAAAAUCGUAAAGUCCGAUAUUGUGAAGCAGAAUCCGGGUAAGUUUUCAGAUUUGCACCGACUCUUCAAGCAGAUCAUUCGCGAGUUCGUCAAAGUAUGGCGUGGAGGCGAUUCUGGAGGACGUGGAGACCGAGCGGACGCUAGAAAACAAGCAAUUAGUAGUACUGCAUCAAAAGCGGUGAAGGGUGAGGAGAAUCCCUCAGCCGCCAAUGCUGCGGCUACAACCACUACUACUACAACCACCAGAAAGCCUGGCAACAAGCUUGCCAUCACAGAGUUGAUACUGAAUGUGGCACCCGCUCGCGAUGACUUGAGCGGAAGUAUCGAGACGUGGGCUGGGAUAUUGGAGAACUACGAGACUGCGCAUUUCCAGAAGCAUUUCAGGGAUAUGGUAGAAAACCGAAAGCAGUACAAUGAGAUGUUUGAGGAUGCUCGAAACCAGAAGCGGCAAGAGCAUCCAUGGACAGCAGAUGAAGACACCGAAUUGAAGCGAAUUUUCGAAUCCUGCAAGAAUAUUCAUAUGUUAUGGAAGACAAUUCUACGCUUGAUCACUUAGGGACGAAGACAAUUCUGCGCUUGAUCACUUCCGUCGUCUGCUCUACAGUUUAAUGUUCAAGUUGAGUUCCUAAAUAAGCAAAAGAACUAAUGGUUGCUCCUUUUUUCUCUUGUCAUCAACAUGCUGCUCUACUUCGAUUUCUGCUUGUCUACCUGCAGCCCUGGUACAAGAACAGUUUUUUCUACUCCCCUACAAGGAACUCUAAGCGGAACUCAGGACGCCCUCGUAAAACGUGUUGCGGCAGAUAUGACAACCUUUUCCGAAUCCAUCUCCCGCAGAGACGUCCGUUUGAGAAUGGUGGCCUUGAAGUUGAUAACAGCGGCAAAGAAGUUGGGCGUAGAGGACUUAGCAGAGAAAGUGGCGAAGUUUGUGCUUUCUUAUGGUUAGAUGUUUUUCUAGCAGAUAGGGUUAAGGUUUUUUUUUGAGAGAAAGGAUAACUACAUGUCCUCUGUCAAUAAGACCUAGUACAACACGCGCCCUUCUAAGUUCUAGCAGCAACAACAGGCGCAAACUAUCGAGAGCGAGCUUGGGCGCUCCUGGAAAAAGUACAUCGAGGAUUGGUCGCCGUGAGGGCUGCGCGAGCGGACUAUACUUUCUCAUACGACUUCGCCAAUUUGGAAGCAAGCUUUCGAAACAACUUCGUAGAGGUAAUGAUUGUGAUACAACUUCAUAGAGGUAAUGACUUUUUUCUAUACUGGAAUGCUAAUGAAUAAGCACAGGUACUAUGGUUGAAGCUAUAUGUAGUAAGCCUACUUCUCUAUAGCUAGUUUCAACCUUCUUGCAUAUCAUUCGAUGACCCAUUUUAAUACAACUACUCAUACUAAUCAAAAUCAGCUUGUUCUUGCCUCUAACCUUAAACACAAACUACACCCCAGCCAGGUCCUGAAAUGUCUCGACGUGCGAAGAGUGCUUCCACCGCAGAAAAAGAAGGGUUUGGAACAGGAAGACGCCGGUUUGGAUGAAGAUGGUCCUCUGGAAUCCAGUUUGCUGCAGUUCAAAAUCCCCUUUGUGCCAACGUCGGCCAUAAGCAUGUGGAGGGAACUACACGACUUGUUCCGAUUGUCGGAAUCGGGGUUGAAGUUAUGUUAUACGUAGUUGGUAGUUCUUUUGAAUGAGGUAUUGCGAUGUAAGUAUGAAGAGGUUUACGCAUUCAGUCGUCUUUCUUGAUAAUAACAAGACGCAGCAGAAGGAACCUAAAAAGAUGCUUUUUACUCCAUACUGUAAUUUCUCACGCCUAAGAUUCCCAUCUCAGUCUCCUUCUCUAAUGAACGAACACGCUGACGCAAAAGUCGCCCGACGUGUCAAGACUGAGCAAGGCCCUGCCAAAAAACGGCGAAAGCUCAUGGCCGAAGAGGAAUUCACCCUAGAUGGUGUGCUAGGUCAAGAUUUAGCUGCUUUCUGCGCAGAGCAUUCGAACGAAACUCUGUCUGAAUUUUGUCGAGACAGUGAGGACUUUGGAUUGGACGGCCUAGGCGGGGAGGCGUUCGAAGAUGAGGAGGCGAUUAAAGAGGUCAAAAGCACAAGAACUGGUGACAAAAAGACUUCUCAAGUUCUUGUUGCGGAGGAAAUUGACCUGCAAAAAAAUAUAGUGGAAGGAGCCAUGUUGCCACCAGCUACACCAGGGACAGAACAAGCAGCAGCCGAACUAGAUGAGCUGGACGAUGACGAUUUCGAGAGACGUAUAGCAGAAAUGGCCGAGAAGAUGGGGGAUAACGACGUCUUUGCGGACGCGCAGAACAUGGAGUUGACUUUAUGAAGAAAGAAGGACUGAGUAAGAGUAGUUUACUAGUAGGAUUUUGUGCUGAAGAAGAACCCGAUGAGUGUAUCUGUGUGACCGUACUUCUAAGUACUGGUUUCGUAGAACAGAUGACCUGGGUCUCUAAUUAUCGAAGCUGAACGAGCCGAACUUUUGGAUUUGAAUCCGGAGCAGAUCGAAAACUUGAACGCCGAAAUCGACGAUAGGGACACCUUAGAGGGUAUCGAAAAUGACGACGAAAUCAAAGCGAUGAGCGAGCAUUUGACCUUAUGGCCGUUCAUGACGAUGGUGUAUCUUUAUUGGCUGCGAUCCUAUUUUGUUUGUUGUAGUGUUGACAGAGUUGCAGGUUUUAUUCUACCUUCAUAUGUGGUUUUCUUGGGAUAGUACAUCUUCAAAAUGGUUUUGAUGACUCUCAUCUAACAUGAGUCUUGCUCCAAGCGGAAGCGGUCGGUGAGAGUGGCAGUGUGCUUGGCGGAAAGGCUGCAAAUAAGCAAGAUGCUGCUACUUCGUCUUCGUCAGGUAUAACCGGCAAGACUACCAAUGGGGCUGUACACCUGGGUGGCGCGUCCAGUUCGUCCUCCUCGUCUGCGAUGCAAGGUCAGAGCAGUUCUUCCGUCGCACCGAAGCGACUGGAGACCUAUAGUUUCGACAACGAGGAUGCCUUUGCUGAGUCGCAGGCUUUGUUUGCCGCAACCUCAACGUUGUCUAGUUCCUCGACUGGGGCUGCUGCUGGUGUAGCAGGUACUACAGGUACCGGGAACAUAGCGGGAACAACUUUAAGGGUCGUUUCCACCAAAUAAUUACAUUCCCCAGCAGAACUAGACCAUCCUUUCACUUACAGUUUCAAAGUAGAAAAGAAGCCAGGAACUAUCUGCUGAAGAAUGUACUAAAAAAUUCCGUUGUUUUCUCUAACAUCGGGUGCGCUGAAAAGGAGUUGUCGUUACUUGCAUCUCCCAGCUGCCCAGUCUCUGGUUCGCAAUGUGGAUAUCUUUCUGCACGAUGCGAUGGAUUUGGUGAAACAACUACAAGAUGGUCCACCCGCUCCGCGUGUGCGGAAAAACUUGGUUACGGAACAAGACGCGCUGAGAGGGAACAAGAAUGCGGUGGAUUACAAGACUAUGGAGCAACGAGGAGCCCAAGACGUACAGAAUAAUACGGCAACAGAAUCGUCUGAACGACAACAGAAUCAUGAUCUUGGUCAGAACCAGAAUCAUCUUCUUGGUAUCCCAGAAGAGGAGGACGAUGAUUUCCUGAGAGACAUACUGAAUCCGCAACAAAAUCGCCUGUCAAAUGCAAAUGAAGACGACUCAUGGAUGGACGGACUAGGCUUGGAGGGUACUGGACAACUGUUAGGAGGAGAAGAGGAAAACCCAUAUGCAAAUAUAGAAGAUGAGUUAGCAGAUGAUCUAGACAUGGGGGGCGAGGCGGCGGGAGUAGAUGAACAAGUACAGCAGGGAGACCAACAACAAACGCCUCUUGGCAAUGUGCAACUUUCUUCUUCGCUUAAGGCUCUGCUUCCUAAUCCAUCUUCUAAAGGAUCUUGAAGCUGUCUCAAUAGACGAGAGCAGCAACAAGACCAAUCUCAAGAUGGGUUAGGCUAAGCUCUAAUUCUCAAGGAGUUGGCGGUGCUGGUGGUGUUAAAAGUGGAACUAAGACCACCAAACUGGAACAAGAUGGCGCAGUCCCGACUCCACAACGUGCUUCUUCACAGCAGCCACGUCCUGUAGUGAAAAAGGAAGCGAGGAAAACGGCUGAUGGAAGCGAGGGGAACAAGGCGGACCGAGGAGCCAUUGGUGAUAUACUAGAGGAAGAUCCGGAUCUUGGUGGUCUUUUAGACAUGCUCGAUGAUGAGUUCUUGAAGACCCCAGGAGCAACACCGGGACCAGCAUAGUACUUCUUGAAGACCCCAGGAGCAACACCGGGACCAGCAUAGUCUCGAUCACAAACAAGGAUAAGAAAGGUAGUUCAAAUAUCUCGUGGAACACGAACGGAUCACGACUCGGAACAAACUUUACAAAGCAAGAAACUAGUACGUUCAAUACGCAUAAUUAUAGACACAAAGCCUUAUAUUUUUGAUGACACUUUUAAUAUUUCCAUUGUCAAGACACUUUUUGCGAUGUUCUCGUAUACCAUUAUCAAGACAAUGUAGAUAAGGAUUUACAUUGAUUCCAACAAGGAUUCGAGAAACGAGAGUUUGAAUUUGACCAAAUACGAAGCUGAUUCGACAGAUCCGUCUCGGCCCGCUUAAAACGGGUCUUGCAGUAAACGCGGUCUUUUGAAAAAAGUCUUGCUUCGAAAAAGUGUUUCGAACCAAAAAGAACGCAUCUCGAUUAAUAUGCGCGAAAUUUUAUAUGCGGUGAACCAGCUUAAGCUGCUUCGUCUUCAUGUAGAUCACUCAUUGUCGGUGGAACAAAAGACGCUAUAGCCACCUACUUUGCGAGCAUCACAUUUAGCUUAGGCGACAAGAAGUCAUCGUCGACGAUAAUGCUGAAGCCGAGCACUGCGUCUCCCUCAUCGAUAAUGUCGCGGUAGUGUUGAAGUCGAACAUUGUAACAUUGUAUCCUCACAUGUCGCGACAUCGCCCUCUCUUGAUCCUGGCAAGCAAUCC